UCAUUUUUAUUGUUGCUGUGAUAAGAAAUUUUGAUGGAAUUUCAGUCAAAAAAAUUAAAUUUUCGUUAAAAUUUGUUGAAAAAAUGUUUAAAUUCGAGACAAACACGUCUCUGAUCAUUUUGGCAUCAGUUCUUUUUGCGUCGUUGCCAGUUUUGUACGUACUUAGCGAUUGGGAACGGAAGCACAGAGCCACAAAGUUCCUGAAUCGUAAAUUGAAUUUAUCUCUUGUUUGUAUGCCGUUACGAACGUUAGAUGAGCUCGUUAAUUUCUACAAAAAUCCCGUUCCAUGGAAGACGUUGGUGAAACCCUUAACUCCGAGAACAGGUCCAAUAAAAUUCAAGCCAUUUACCGAUGCCGAAAAUGACGGAGAUGAGGAAAAAUUUUCUGAAAAUCGUCGUGAAAUUUUGGUUUGUCAUGAUUUUAAAGGAAAUUAUCGCGAGGACAGUUACAUAAGUGAAGCGAGCAAAUGGGACGGUUAUCGUUUCUACAAUUGGUAUGGAAUUGAUAUCUUUUGCUAUUUCAGUCACGAUUUGGUUUCUGUUCCAACGUUGCAAUAUAUUAAUGCUGCGCAUAAGCAUGGCGUCGCGGUUUUAGGAACAUUCAUCGCUGAAUUCGCUCCCGGGCGACUCAUUAUGGAAAAAGUCUUGGAAUCACGCGAAAAAGUUGAACAAAUUGCGGAUAGUUUAGUUCUUGUAGCCAAAUAUUGCGGCUUUGAAGGUUGGUUAAUGAAUAUCGAAUGUCCUAUCGAAAAGGAAAAAGUACCGUUACUCGUAGAAUUUUUGGAAUACCUAACUGCUCGUGUACGACUUGAAAUCCCCAAUGGACGCGUUAUUUGGUACGAUAGCGUCACCAUCGACGGAAAUCUUCUAUGGCAGAAUCAAGUCAACUCAAAAAAUCUCAUUUUUUUCGAAAAAAGUGACGGCAUCUUCCUCAACUACAAUUGGUCGGAUCAACAAAUGCAACGAACUUUAUCAGAAGUUGAGCGUUUCAACCGUUUCAAGGACGUUUUUGUCGGAAUUGAUGUCUUUGGGCGAGGUCAAGUCGCUAAAUUACAAUCUCACAAGACGUUUCAACGCAUACCGGAACAAUUUUCCGUCGCUCUUUUCGCUACGGGAUGGACUUUGGAGUCAAUUGAGGUCGAGAUGAAACAUGCGCGCCAACCCAUGUUCACGCAAGAACUUAAUUCGCGCUUUUUAGCACGCGAUCGCUUGUUUUGGGGGCAACUUUGGCCCAUGCUGACGAUUUAUGGCCCAAACCAACUGCCUUUUUACACGUCUUUUUGCAUUGGAUCCGGAGAAUUUUCAAACAGGUUAGGAAUGCGCGUCAAAAGAAAGCCUUGGUUCGACUUACGAAAGCAGGAAAUUCAACCUUGUAACCCCGAAUUAGAGAGAUGCUUCGAAGACAGCUUUGACGGAGGCUCGUGUUUGUCUUUUGAAAAGACUUUUAUCGGAAAAAUUGAACGACUUUUCGUUUGCGAUUUAGGUUAUGUCAAAAAUCUCCUUGUUAGCGUCGCUUUUAAGCGAAAUUAUCGCACGAUCGAUCUGAAUUUAAUUCUGAAACUCAAAAAAUCUCCUUUUGAUAAGGAAACUUGUUGGUUUUUGGUAGAAAAAAAUUACGCGGGAGAUAUGGAGAAGGUAAACAAAGCAUCAGAUGAUGACGAUGUGAGAUCAGCAAUCGACAAUUUACAAAAUCGAGGAGUGCGCCAUCUACCGUUCGUUAAUUCAAUUAACGGAUGGGAGGUUAGACAUCACCUGUUACGCCUCUAUCGGGGACAUACCUUGAACGAUAUCGGCAUAAAAAUAAUUGGUUCGCAAGAAAUUCCGGAAGAUGCGCAAUUAUUGCUUGGAGCGCUCUCUAUACACGAGGUCGAUCUAUAAACGUUUCCUUAAUUUUUUUUCUUUAUUUUUUCAAAAUAAACUCUUAAAACAA